AUGGCUGACCGAAGCUUUUAUGUUGAUUCGAACACAGGGCAAGAGUAUCGUGUUGGGGGCUGCUUAAUUAGUGACGAACCAUCCGAUCUACCGAAAUUUGGAACCUUUAGACUUGUUAGUGAUGCACAAUUACCACCUUCAGUUGAUCUACGACAACUCAUGACACCAAUUGAAAUCCAAGGCAAAACCAACUCCUGGUUAGUAUAUCGUGUUCUUGGUGCAUAUGAAUUCUUAAUAAUGAAAAAUCAUCGAAAACAUGUCGAUGUUAGUCGUCUAUUUAUUUACUACAAUGCUCGUUCCAAAGAAGGAUUGAAUGAGCGCACCAUGAAGGAUAACGGUACUUUUAUUCGGAGUGGAAUUGCAGCAUUGAAAGAGUUCGGUUGUUGCAAAGAAUCUUUAUAUCCAUUCAACGUCACACAUAUCAAUCGAAAACCACCAUCACAAUGUUAUGAAGAAGGAAGAAAGUAUCGUAUAGUUGAUGCCAUGUCGAUAAAUCCUGAUUUAAAUGAAAUGAAAGCGUGCUUAGCCGAAGGAUAUCCAUUUGCAUUUGGAUUGCACAUAUUUGAAUCGUUUAACCAAGCUCAACAGAAUGAAGGACGUGUACCGAUGCCAAAACCCGAUCUGGAGAUGCAGCAUGCUCAACAUGGCUGGCAUGCGAUGUUGGCGGGUGAUGAAGGCUAUUGUUAUAUUCCUUAUGAAUAUAUGACUAAUCCACAACAUUGCAAAGAUUUACAUUCUAUCAAAGUUAUCUCAGAUGACUCUCGUCGUCGACGUCAGCAACCAAACAAUAUAAUUAAUAAUACAUGGACUUGGAAUAAUAAUAAAGAUGCCAAAUUUUAUAUCCCACCAGCCUAUACUGAUACUUUUUUCGAUUAUAUGUUCUUCUGGAAAUUUAAUGAAACAUUUGAUUUUAAUGGUUCAAAUGCCUCCACGGCACAAACUACUCAAUCCAGACCAGAUAGGGCAGCAGCAGAAGCUAGUAGCGAUAGCCCACGUAUUCUUUGGAUUGACAAAAAGAGCAACGAGACCUCUAAUGUGGAGAAACAGUUGUCAGGUGAUAAGCAUGUUAAAAUUGAUUUCUUUGAAAAAUUCUCACAAGCGGAAGAUCAUCUAUUGAGAAACAAGGAUAAAAUCAAAUCAUCAUCAAAAUUUCAAAUCAUUUGUCGUGGUUAUUAUAAAGAUGAAAAUAAGAAUCCUUUGAAUUUAUUACAUUUAUUGAAUCAGCAUAAUUUAAAGCAUGUUCCGAUUCUUGUCUUUACUCAAGACAAAUCUGGUGUACAUCAUCAUUUGCAAAAUCAAGCACCAUCAAUGGGUAUUGAUGAUUGGAAACAACGAUUAUUUAUUACAAGCAGCUAUGAAGAGUUAGUAACAAAAAUCAAAGAAAAUAUUUCAAACAAGCCUCGCCAUAGUCGUCGCUGA